GCGCGAUGAUAAACGGCUCGCUAGUAAACACGACUUCUUUUGAGGAGUACUUCCCCGACCUGACGUGGUGGGAGAGAGGGGUGGUGUUUGUGUGGCUCCUGGUCAUGUUCCUUGUCUCUACCAUCGGCAACGCUUUCGUGCUCAUUCUCUCUAAAGACCUCAAGAAUGUUACUAAAGAUAGUAAAGGAAGUGUCCUGCUGAUAAACGUCGCCUUUGUUGACCUCAUGUUCAACGUCUUCGUUACUUUACCAAUGCUGGUAUGUUCAAUGUCCAGAACAUGGGUGUUUGGAUCAGCUUACUGCUUUCUUGAUGCUUUCUUUGAAACCUACCUGGGAGUACUGGAAAUCCUCUUCAUUUUCCUAAUCAGUGCCCAUCGAACUCUGGUUAUACGGUUCCCCUUCAAGCAGCAGAGAAUGAUAACUACAAAGAAAGUGUAUAUCAUAGUGGGGUCCACUUAUUUCCUGGGGUUGAUCCCUUCUAUUAUUAGAACCGUCGCUACAACUCAAAUAUACGGAUACAUCUCUGAAGAAUUCCACUGCGAUAAUAUCGAAGUAGCCAGUUCCGGACCCUGGAAAGUCAUCCUGCAGAUAUCCCUCAUUUUCUACGCGUUCGGUCCUGUUCUUCUCACUGUACUCCUCUACGUCUGGAUGAUGUUCUUUGCCAUGACUAAAGCUGAACCCUCCCGGACAAUGAGCAGUCGCCACCAAAUAAAGGGAGGAGGGGGUACUCAGAUGAAGGGACCUAACAAAGCUCUACAAACAGUUUCAAUGAUAGUUGGGAUUUACCUUGUCUCCAUCUCCCUGACCAUCAUUAUAAUCGUGGUCAGAAUCCGACUACCAGACGCGAUUCCCAAGAGAGUCCAACUAGCGUCCACCUGUUUAUGGUUACUCAACACGGCCGUUAACCCUAUAAUCUAUGUGUAUAACAACCCCAUGUUCAGGGCCCAUCUCAAGCGACUUAUAGUACGUAAAACAGGGGCGUAUGCUACGAACAACAGUGCAGCUGCUUCAACAAGACGAAGGAUAACGGAACAGAGCAUGGUUGAUAACAACCAGGGAUUGUACUCUAGGUCGGGUAGUCGGGCCAUCAUCCAGAGGUCCAGCACAGCAGUGUCACUGAUGUCUCUUACCCCCACCCCGCUCAGAAAGUCGGAGAUUAAGAACAUGCAUGUGGUGGUAGAGGAGGGGGAUAGGGAGGAGGAGGUAGUUGGAAAUGGAGCGUCCCUUGUUAUUGAGAAUAACUUUGCAGAGGGUAACGGGAGUUUGUCAGUUAAUGACAGCAGUUUAAACUCUCGCAGUGAGUCUGUUACUUGGAGAGGCUCAAAAGAUGAGAGUGCUUUGUAGGUCAGCAUUGUGAACACAGGAAUAGGUCUUGAUAAGAACAUUGAAUCUCCAUUAUAUGCUUUAAGGUUAUCAGGGACAAAACACUUAGAUAAUGUGUGUCGAAUAUAAAGAUAUAAGUAAGGUAACUUACUAAAUAGAUUACACAGUGUGUAGAAUAUUGCAUAGCGUUAAUUUCGUUUAUUUAAAUAUUUCAUCAAUUAGUAUUCCACCGAUAUAAUAUGUUAUACUUUUAAAGUUUUAAAUUUAAUUGCUGUUGUU